CGUAUCAUUGGAGUAAACAAAUAAUAAGCGUUUACCGCUCCGUUACUGAUUCACAUGUGUUUGGAAAAAGCAAAAAUCUACAUUUUUAGAAUUCUAGUGCAAUUUUAAGCGAGUUAUCACCGACGGAUCUCUUCCAAUUUCUUGAUUUGUGAAUGCAUUUUAAUACUUAGUUAAAAUGUAUUACAUUUAAUUUUAAUGUAAACAUUAACUAGUCAAAGUCAUCAUGUUUCAGUUAUUGCAUCAUGUUUUCAAAACCUCUGCAUUUAAGAAAAGUCUAUUUUGUGUGAAGUCCUCUCAACAAAAGUUUUCUACCACUUUGGUUGUUUCAAAAUAUGUUGAUGAACCUGACUACCUAAAAUAUACUAAGCCCCAAGUUCCUGUAUAUAAUUUGCUGAAUAUUCAGAUGAAAUGUUACGACUUUACUGUUCUUGAACAUUAUGCUAAACAUGUCCACAAGGUUGCUCUUAAUAUGGAUAUUGAUGUGAUUGAUGCAUGGGCUACACCGCAUGAAGCAUGGAAAAUUACCAACAAAGAAACUGGUACAACUAAAGUCACAACAGAAUAUUUGUUAAAUAUGUAUGAAAGAAAUAUACAGGUGAAAAAUUUAGCAGCGUAUUCAGCUCCUCUGUUUUUUGAAGUGAUACAGUCAUCUCUGCCAGUUGGGCUUUCUGUGAGCAUUCAUCCACACGAGGAUAAGUACCAAGAAAUUAGAUAUAUACCAGACUUUGAAUUGAUCAGUCUGAAGACAUUGUUAAAAGAAUUAACAGAAACUGAUCCAGUGAAGAAAUAAUUUAUUAGUCAACA